CUAACCGCGCAUGCGCGGCUCCGGGAGCGCGAUCGGCGGUACGCUGUGUACCUCGGACACAGCGAAUCACCAAUCCACAGAAAGAGCCGAAGAUGUUGGCUCGGUCAUGUGAUCAGCUGUGUCCAAUCACAUCUGAUCACAUCAGUGCCACCUGUCAGUGUCCAUCAGUUCCAGCUCUCAGUGCUCAUCCAUGCCACCUGCCAGUGCCCAUCAGUGCCACAUUUCAGUGCCCUUCAGUGCCACAUCAAUGCCACAUAUCAGUGCCCAUCUGAGCUGCCUUUCAGUGUCACCCAUCAGUGCCAGUCAGUGCCACCUAUCAAUGCCAGUCAGUGGCACCUAUCAGUGCUGCCAAUCAGUGCCACCUAUCAGUGCCAGUCAGUGCCACCUAUCAGUGUGUAUCAGUGCCGCCUAUCAGUGUGUAUCAGUGCCGCCUAUCAGUGCCCGUCAGUG